AUGAUAAAUCUUAGAGAAAACUUUUGGAUAUUAAAAUCCAGGAAAAGUAUUCGAAAUAUUAUCAGAAAAUGUGUAAGAUGUAAAAGAUUUGUUACACAAAGAGUAGAAGUCGAGCCACGAUUUCCAUCCGAAGACCAAGUCAGAGUAGGGGCGACUUUUGAAGUCGUCGGUGUAGAUCUAGCGGGUCCUCUCUAUCUCCGUGAGGGGUCUAAAGCGUGGAUAGUCUUGUAUACAUGUGCCAUUUAUAGAGCCAUUCACCUCGAACUAGUUACUUCUCUAUCUACAGAAACUUUCAUCCAAUCCUUACGUAGAUUCAUUGCCAGAAGAGGUAGACCUUAUGUGAUAUAUUCCGACAACGGAACUAAUUUUGUAGGGACUAACAGUGUUCUAGGAAAGUUAAUUGGAACGCCAUGUGUUCAGCUGCUUCUAUCCAAAGGAUACGAUGGAAGUUCAACCCUCCGACCGCGGCCUAGUGGGAAGGUUGGUGGGAGAGGCUUGUGCAAAUGGUGA